ACAUGAGGACUGAAUGAGACUUCUUGCAGAGAACUGACAAACGUGGCAACCAAAAGAGGGACUAAUCCAAACUUUGCUCCAAAAAACUCUGAAAGAGAAAAAACAGAGGUCUAGCAAGGAACUUUCAAAGAAGGACUGACCUAGACUUCUUGCUAAGGAUUGACAAACGUGCCAAACCAAGCAAGGAGGACUGAAGCUAUUAUCUAUAGUUGGACCACCUGAAGGCGGAAAAGUGUCGUCGAGGUUGUGGCCCGAGGAGGCGUGGUACUCAGAGGGUGGCGAGAUGGUGAACACAGGUAUGCAGCUGAUCAGCUUCACCUGUGCUGUGACAGGUUGGGUGAUGGCUAUAGCAGUGACUGCACUGCCCCAGUGGAAGGUCACGGCCUUCAUAGGCAGCAACAUCUUGACCUCCGAAAUUGUUUGGCAGGGGAUCUGGAUGAACUGCAUCUACCAGACCACUGGCCAUAUGCAGUGUAAGACCUACGACUCCAUGCUGGCUCUACCACCUGAUAUCCAGGCAGCACGGGCACUGAUGUGCAUUGCUAUCUUCUUGGGCUGGUUGUCCUGCACCGUUUCUUGCUGUGGAAUGAAGUGCACCACCUGUGCCGGGGACGAUCGCCAUGCCAAGGCUGGCAUAGCACUGUCCGGUGGGGUGCUCUUCAUCCUGACAGGCCUGUGCGUCCUAGUGCCGGUUUCCUGGACAGCAAACACUGUGGUGCAGGACUUCUACAACCCCAAUGUUCCCCUCCAGCACAAGCGGGAGCUGGGUCAGGCCAUUUACCUGGGAUGGGCAGCAGCAGUGAUUCUUAUGAUCAGCGGGGCGGUGCUGAGCAGUACCUGCCCACACAUCGAGAGAGGAGGGUACAGACGUGGGUACAUAGGUCGUAGUUUUGCAAACUCAAGGCCUUCUGCUCCAGACCCGCCAAAGCCAAUCACCACCAGUACCCUGCCUCUUAAGGAGUAUGUAUGAUAAAGAUAAAUGAAAGAAAUUUAGGAAGGUGUGGAUAAACAGGGAUAAUGAUUAAAUGUGCACUCUGUAAUUUGUGUUUCAAUGGACAGAUGCAUUUUGUGUCAUUGUGGCGAUCAUGUCCAUGUCUGCCAUAUGAAGUCCCAUUUAUCUGCUCUUCUUCUUUCAUUGCUCAUACAUCGUACACGUUGAUGCUGUUGACUACAGCUCCUUCAUUAUGUUGUCUGUAAUAUACAUAUUGUACUUGCUGUUAUAUUGUUUGGUUUGCAUAUAUUCUUAAGAGUCAUUUCUGCACCACUAGUGCCACCAAAAUGGAAUUGCAAUCUGCUAUUUUUCAGUGCAACAGUGGCACAACCAAUGUUCUGAGUUUGGAGUGGGACUAUUACUUUUACUAAACAGGAGUGUUUGACAUG